UGUUCGUCAACAUAUUCUCUGAAGAUACUUUCCAUCUCUUUGCUAUCGGAAAAAUCCAAAGAGGAGACUCCAAUUUUUUGUUUGCUUUUCUUCAUCAGAUUAUUAGGGAAGCAAGUCUCGAAUCGAGAUCCCCAAGAAUCUCCGUCUUUCGUUUCCCAGAUUCUGCUCUUCUCCAGGUAAGAAGUUGAAUUGAGUGGAUUAUAAUCAUUAACCAGGUUGAAGAAGACGACCCAAGCAUAUGGCUACUUCGAAGAAAGUGAUCACACGUGACGAGUGGGAGAAGAAGCUAAACGCUGUCAAGCUCAGGAAAGAAGAUAUGAACACUCUCGUCAUGAACUUUCUUGUCACUGAGGGUUUUGUUGAAGCUGCUGAUAAGUUCCAAAGGGAAUCUGGAACCAAACCAGAGAUAGAUCUUGCCACCAUCACAGAUCGAAUGGCUGUUAAAAAGGCUGUUCAAAACGGAAACGUCGAGGAUGCUAUUGAAAAAGUUAAUGACUUGAAUCCUGAGAUACUAGACACAAAUCCAGAGCUCUUCUUUCAUCUUCAGCAGCAAAGAUUGAUUGAACUUAUUCGACAGGGGAAGACUGAAGAAGCCUUGGAGUUUGCUCAGGAGGAACUUGCCCCACGUGGCGAAGAAAACCAAGCGUUUCUCCAAGAGCUGGAAAAAACUGUAGCGCUGCUUGUUUUUGAAGAUGCAUCUAACUGCCCUGUUAAAGAUCUUCUUGACAUUUCCCACCGCCUUAAGACAGCAAGUGAAGUGAACGCAGCAAUUCUUACUAGCCAGAGUCAUGAAAAAGAUCCAAAACUUCCAAGCUUGUUGAAGAUGCUCAUUUGGGCUCAGAAUCAACUGGAUGAGAAAGCUGUGUAUCCACACAUCAAUGAUUUGUCUACUGGCCAGCUCAAAACCCCGUCAGAAUAAUUCAAUACUUCUCUCAGCAAGUGGGGAAAAAGCUGCAAAAGGGAACAAUCAAUGAUUCUCUUCUUUUCCCUUCAAUCUCAAUAACGUUAAGAUUCAUAUGUUUUAGCUUUCUGCUUUUCCUUUCUCUUCUGCAUCGAAACUUGUUGGACCCGGAACUGUUUAAUUAGGAUAUGUGGAAGGGAACAUAAAGCUGUCUGUGGGCAAUGAAUAUUCUAGUCAAAUGUUGUGACUGUCAACAUAUUCCAUGACUCAUUGCAUGUGAACAUUUGUUUUGAAUGAAGUUAUCGAUCUUCCCUUGUUU